AUGGCUUUCCAAGGCGGCAAAGGCGGCCGGCGUGUUCCUGCUGGAGGCAACAGCGGCGGAUCCGGCUUUGGUGGCGGCGGCCGCGGUGGUGGACCUAGUGUACCGCGUGAACCGCCGUUCUCGCCUGGACCUGCGCCACCCCCGAACACUUUGGCUCACAAGCUAGAGGAUGCUUUACAAGCCUCCAACAAGAAUGCCCUGUCCCUCGCUUCAGUCAAGCUUAAUGACCAGUUUCCCGCGCGACCCGGCUACGGCACUCGGGGCAAGGUCAUCACGCUGUGGGCCAAUUACGUCGAGAUACUUGUGGCACCGCAACUUACCCUCUAUCGCUAUGCGAUCACCAUGAAACCUGACGAUGCUGGUGGCAAAAAGCGAACCCAGAUCGUCCGACUCCUUCUCGAGACCUCGAAGCUGGCCCCGAUGCACGAGGACAUUGUCACUGACUUCAAGUCAACCCUGUUCUCGCGAACAAAGAUUCCCCGCGACGAGGUGGUUAUCCCUCCCGGCGGCAAGGUGGUUAUCCCUCCCAGCGACGAUGUGGUCAUCCCUGUUACCUACCGCUUUGAGGGCGAGGACGAGCCCCUGGCCCAGGCCACAACGUACGAGGUCACUUUGAAAUUCACAAACACGCUCAGUGUUCGUGAGCUUGCCGAAUAUUUGACUUCUACAGAUUGGUCAGCUGCUUAUGACAGCAAACUGGACAUGAUUCAGGCCUUCAACAUUUUCCUGAACCACUAUUCCAAGUCUGCGGGCAAUCUCGCCACCAUUGGGUCUAGCAAGACAUUCUCGCUUGAAACUGACGCCAAAACCUUUCAUCUUGGUAAAAGCCUGACUGCCGUUCGUGGCUUUUUUGCCAGCGUCCGUGUCGCCGCCAACCGCGUACUGGUCAAUGUCAAUGUCAGCCAUGGUGCUUUCUACGAUGCUCGGGCCCUGGACCAACUGAUUGCUAAAUGCGGCAGGAAGAAGCGCAAGUUGAACAGCUUCUUGUGGAAGCUCCGCGUUAGAACUACGCAUCUGAAGGGAAAAAAGAAUAAGAAAAGCGAAGAAAUCCCUCGCAUCAAGACCGUUCUUGGCUUGGCAACCCUCGAAGAUGGCCGCACAGGGAAACCCCCUCCAGAGCACCCGCCAAUCGUCCCGGAAUACGGUGCGGGAGCCAAGGCCGUCAAAUUCUGGCUGGAGGCCUCUGCUUCAGGCCAGAGAAACUCAGGUCCCCCGCAAGCAAGUCUGAGUUCGUCCAAGAAGAAAGGGCCCAAGUCAAGCAAGCAGCCCGUUGCCGGUCCGCCAACCGCUGGUGGAUAUAUUAGCGUGUACGACUUCUUUCUGAGGACAUACGGCCGCAGGAUCGCUGAUCCCGACCUGCCGGUUGUCAAUGUCCACACGAGAGAGAAUCCGAUCUAUCUGCCUACUGAGGUUUGCAUGGUCUGCGAGGGCCAGAAUGCCUCGGCGCUGGAGCCCAGUCAGACGGAGCAGAUGAUCCAGUUUGCAGUUCGCAGACCGAUGGAAAACAUGGGAUCAAUCGUCAAGGACGGCAUUCGCACGGUUGGUCUCUCGACGCAGACAAACCCGAUCCUGAACAAAUUUCAUGUCUCUGUCAACCCGCGUCUCAUCACGGUCCCGGGACGGCAGCUCGACGCCCCGAAGGUGACUUACAGGGGCAAGCCCGCCCAGACUCGCAAUGGCACUUGGAACAUGGAAAAAAUCCAGUUCAACAAGUGCGGGGUCAUGCCCAAGUGGUCAUAUGUGCUCAUAUCGCUCCCAUCGCUCCCCGAGUAUAAGGAUGCUUUCACCAACAGUAGCAGUCUGGUUGAAGUGGUAAAGAAGUUUGUACAGGUAUUAAGAAACGUCGGAAUGCAGACAACAGAGCCCAUCGCCGGACGGAGAUGGGUUCUCGAAAGCCAGGACGAUCCGGUAUUGGACAAGAACCUGGAGGUUGCGGCGCAAGCCCUGGAUCUACUACUGAUCAUCCUCCCGGAGAGACUGGUCCCGAUAUACAACCGUAUCAAACAACUCGGCGAUGUCAAAUUCGGCAUCCACACCAUUUGCACGGUUGGACAUAAGCUAAAAAAGGAGAAGGGCCAGGAUCACAUGUCGAACGUUGCGCUCAAGUUCAACCUGAAAUUGGGUGGCAACAACCAAAGCGUGGACCGCUCGCGCCUCGGUCUUAUCGCUGAAGACAAGACCAUGCUUGUGGGAAUCGAUGUUACCCAUCCAUCUCCCGGGUCCCUGAAGACGGCACCCAGUGUUGCGGCCAUGGUUGCGAGUGUCGACAGUCAACUGGGCCAAUGGCCCGCUACGCUCAGCAUCCAAACCGCGCGACAGGAGCUGGUUGACAGUCUCAAAGGCAUGCUAAAAUCGCAUCUACGCCUUUGGAAGACGAAGGGCAAGCAUACCGCUCUGCCCGAGAACAUCAUCAUCUAUCGUGACGGCGUCUCAGAGGGCCAGUAUCAGAUCGUUCUUGACAAAGAGCUGCCGCUGCUACGCGGGGCUUGCAAGGAGACCUAUCCGCCUGCCGACACUGCCAAGGGCCUCCCACGGCUCACUGUCAUCAUUGUCGGAAAGCGUCACCACACUCGCUUCUAUCCAACCCAGGAAAAAGAGUCGGAUGGUCGCUCAGGAAACACGCUACCGGGCACGGUUGUCGACCGUGGGGUGACCGAGCCUCGCAUUUGGGACUUCUUCCUGCAGGCACAUGCAGCCAUCCAGGGCACAGCGCGUCCGGCUCACUACGUUGUUGUCCUCGACGAAGCCAUGUCAGCACGAUACAGUGGUCGUGGUAGGGCUAACCAGCUCCCGCAAGGUUGCCGCAAUGCGGCAGAUGCGCUAGAGGACAUGACCCAGAGUCUUUGCUAUGUCUUUGGUCGCGCCACGAAGGCGGUCAGUAUCUGCACUCCAGCAUACUACGCCGACAUAGCAUGUGAGCGAGCGCGGUGUUACCUCAGCGGUCUCUUCGAUGCCUCGUCUGUCAAUGCCUCGCCUGAUCCCUCGGUAGCGGGCAGCGCUACUGGCGCUCAACCUGUGGUUGGAGCCAGUGAGGAGGGCGUUGAGAUUCAACGGAGACUGCGAGAAACGAUGUUCUACAUCUGA